CCCGACUUCAUUGUUGUUGAAAAGGGGGGAUACGGCGCAAACGUGGCAACACAUUUCACAACAAAAGGAAGCGAGGCUCGGGCGCGCUAAACAUUUUCUACAUUCAUAAAAAAAACAACUGUAAAAUAUAUUUUAUAUACUUUAUAUCCCACCGAAACAAAACCGUCUUUUGGUUUUAUCUGGCUCCCCGGACAAACAUGGAGUAACAGAGCGAGCAGUUUGGUCUGAAUCCACGCGAGUCGCUGAGCCCUUCCCGGGGCCCUUUGGGGCCCAGGAGGAGGAUGUAUCGUGGUGGGGAUAAGGAUUUCCAGAUAUCGGCGCGAAAGAUGGGCACGUCUUUGCUUUUCCAGCUCUCUGCUCACGAACGAGAGCUGGAUUUGGUAUUUCUGGACCACAGCUAUGCCAAGCCGUGGAAUGCCCACCCUGACGCCAGCAGCGCCCGGCCCACGAGGACGCUGUUCGUUACCCCUCGUCGCCAGCCUGAAGCGUUGACAGACUCUGAUUCUUUAAUCGACGUGGAGACCGUCACGCCGACGCCUGUUCCUCUGUACGAUAACCAGAAAGCUCUUAGCGUGAUGAAGGAGUGCGAGCGGCACGUUCUGUUUGCUCGCACGGUUGCCGAGAGCCCUCCACCCCCCGACGACUGGGAGGAACAUAUAAACAAGACUGGAUGGUCGGUGGCUCAGAACAAACUGUUCAAUAAAGUCCUUAAAGCUCUGCAGGCUGAAAGGCUAGCUCGCCUGGCCAAUGAACAUGCUUCGAAUGAGCCGAUUUUACGGAGGAUAGCCGUGGACAAAUGUGCCAGGAAGGUUCGGCACGCGUUAGCCUGCGUGAACUGGGACACCAAGCUGACACAGUGGCUACACACUACCAUGAUUGAAUCCUUGAGCCUUGCCAUGCUCGCGGCUUACCUGGACGUGCUGCAGACUCUCAAAAGCAAGUUGCCCCUGCUGAUUGACAGGAUGUUGUUGACAUCAGCAAAGACCGGCGCUCCGAGCGCAGAGGCUCUGUCGCUGCUGCUGAAACGGCCUUGGGAUCCGGCUGUUGGAGUCCUGUCCCAAAACAAACCGAGCAAGCUUCCCGGAUCGCCGCUCAUCCUAAUUGCACCAUCAAGCCCGACCAACCCUGCCCUCUCUACCUCGCGGCGAAUGAGAUUCUGGCAGUCGCAGCUCUCCUGCUUGGGAAAGGUCAUCCCGGUGCACAGUCACGUCAACAGCGGAGCAAAUAUUGGAAUCACACAGUGCCUGGAGCACAUGCUGGGCACCGUCAGGGCCAAGGUCAUGGAGGUUCACAGUCACUUCCCCCACAAACCCAUUAUUCUGGUCGGCUGGAACGCCGGUGCUCUCAUCGCUUCUCACGUGUCCCUUAUGGAGUAUCUGACCGCUGUGGUGUGCCUCGGCUUCCCGCUGCUAACAGUCAACGGGCCAAGAGGAGAUGUGGAUGACCCGCUGCUCGACAUGAAGACCCCGGUGUUGUUUGUGGUUGGCCAGAACGCUCUGCAGUGUAGCAUAGAAGGCAUGGAGGAGCUCAGAGAGAAGCUGAGGGCAGACAACAGCAUGGUGGUGGUGGGUGGAGCAGACGACAACCUCAGAAUCAACUCGGCGAAGAUGAAAUCGGAGGGACUGACGCAGACCAUGGUGGACCGCUGCAUUCAGGAUGAGAUCGCUGACUUCUUGUCAGGCGUCCUCACGCGGGCAGAGGGCCACAGCCACGGCUCAGGGGAGAUGAGGGACCUGGACACGGAGAAGAAGAAAAGGCCUCGACGGGAGCUUCCCUUUGACAUGGAGAGAGGACGACCUUCCUCCCCUGCGCUCAGAGUUCCCAUCUCGCCGUCCGGUUCGGAGGAUCUGUCUAGUGUCUGUAGCAGUCCCACUUCAAGUCCCAAACCCAAGACGUCUGGUCUGUCUCCAGCACAGAAGUCCAGCCUGAUCACGGCCACGCAGCUUCUCAAGACACACAUGCAGCGCUCCGGCACGGUGCUCACUCACAAGCAGGCUCAAGCUCAGUUUGCUGCUUUUAUGAAACAAAACAUGCUUGUGAGGAAAAAUCUUCCUCCUGGCACCCCUCCAUGUAUUUUUGUGCCAGUAACCAGCGAUCAGAUGGAGGGCCUGGACAGAGAUGAACUGAGGUCCCACGGCAAGAGGAGGCAGACGCCCAGUCCCACGCCAAGUAAAGCCUCCAAGAGAGCCAAGAUCAAGGUCACCAUUGUUUCUCAAAGCGAGUCAGCAGGGGGCACCAUCAGCCCUUCUGCACAGGAAGUGGGUGUUUCUGGGAAGCCCUUAACAGUGACAGUGGGACAGACUGUGGCUGGAGCCAAGGAGCUCUCUGGACUUCUUACAGGCCAGCGGUCUGGUAGUCUCUCAGAGAUGUCUGGUGCCCUGUCCCCAGGCUCCAGCUCAUUCAACAGCGUGCAGCCUUGCAUGGUGUCAGGGUCCUCCACACCAGUCCAGGCGCAAGCUCCGGCUACUGCCCAAGCGCCUUCCGCCAGCAGUCUGCUACAAGGCCUAAGUUUCAGUCUUCAGGAGAUCGUCACCAAAGCUCCUAGUCUGCCCUCCAUGGCAGCCAACACAGGCGGCACCCAGGCAGUUUGUGGCAAGCCCCAGGGUCAAGUCCUGAGCUCGGUCGCUACCAGUAGCAGCACUCUGCUCCGGGCGGUGCCCGUGGUUACCACGGGAGGAGUGGCUAAAACCACCGCCAUCCACCAGCUGCUCACCAAUGGCGGGCUGGCUAAACUUGCCAGCAGCUUGCCCGGCUUGGCGCACAUCACCAAUCAGACCGCUGUAGGGCAGAAAGCCCCCACUUCGAUAACGGUGACCCUUCGAGGAGCACAGCCGAGUCGAGUGGGAACUCUCAGCCAGGCUGGAGAGGUUGUGACGCCGGCUCGUGCCCAUGAGCCCAAGCAGUGAAAAUCUCAGCUCACGUGUGGUGAUAACACCUGAUUAAGCUGGUGCUGUGCCAGAAGCGUCUGGGAGUCACAGCCUGCUGAUGAGACUGUACCCCUCCCUGCAAUGAUGAGCACGCCACAACCCCACAACGCGCAGAACACCUGCCUCAAAUCCCCCAGAGAGCUCCCACGUCGACAUGCUUGGGAAAAAGGCCAGGCAGUCACUGUCGCCAUGCUUUAACCCUCCGUGUACAGAUGGGUGGCAACACUGCAGUGGUGGUCCUCAUGCUGCAGCCUGAACAAAACCUGAGUUUGAAGGAAGACGGAUAGACGUGCAACUGUUGAAGCUGACUGUACACCUACAUCUCUUUAAAUCCUUUUGCUUGAUCAAAUUUACCACAGGAAUGAUUAACAGGAAUUUUGAUACCCACAACUGGGUGGCACUCUUAAUUUAUGACAGUAAUUAUAUUCACAUCAUUACAGCGUUUCAUCGUAACAAUUGCUUUUUGUGCCGCAGUUUUCUUUCAGUGUGACAAACAACCUAAAACCUGAAAUAUCUUAAAGUAAUAACUAAGUUUAAAACCAAACAAAUGCUAAUAAUGGUCAUAAUUAUGUGAUGGAUGAAGCUGUCUGUAUUUAGGAUAAACAGUAUUUGUUCUUUUCUAUAACCUCAUGUUCGAUUGUUUAAACUGCUGUAUAAGGACAUGUUUCCCAUCCUCACCCUGUCAUCACUUCACUAUAUAUGGGCUUUUUUUUGUGCUAGAAACUGCCACAGUAAAAAAA